AUGGCGGGUGGAUGGAAUGAUAAUGCAUAUCUGAGCGCAUUACCCAAAAAUUUACAGCAUAAGCGAUUGUCCUCGGACUCGAGUAUCGCCUCAGCGGGAGGGCCGCCUUCACCGUUGAGCCACAACACCUUAUAUCCACACAUCGCCACGUCAGAUUCAACAUUUCCUACACACUACGAGUUUGACUACACACCUCACAGCGCAAAGUCGCUGCCAUCAGAACUACCAAACAUGUACAACCAGAAUUACAGAGCGAUGGACAUGAGGAGGAUACCAUCAUCAGGAGCAGACAAUCUGUCAGCACCACAAUCAUUAUCGACCAUGAGUCACAACUCUCCAGCAACACCACAUACCAACUACGAGACGGAUUAUGACGAGAAGCAAGUCUAUGGUGAGAUUGACUCGAGCGACGAAGAAAUGGCGCGAUACUUACAGAUGGAUCUAGGCUACCAACCCACCGUGGCAUACCAGCAAUCACUGCAGGAGGUGUUUCCAGAUCAAUUUACCUUUCAGACACAGCCUAUGCCAAGGUUAAACCCAGACCACAGGCAGACGACUAUGGCGGGUCGGUUGCAGGCAGCGACACAAGAUCACAUGAGCUCUCCGACAUCAAAUCCGCGAGGACAAUCUCCAUUCCGACAGAAUUCGCCAUAUGUCGUGCCAGGCAGACAGGCAGUCACGCAGCCGACAACUCUACAGAAGACGCGUACUUCGGUAUCGCCGAAAGAACUGAUGCUGGACGAGCACGAUAUCGAUGAGUCUGCUGCGCCACUCUUCCAAAAUCAAUAUGGCUCGCAGUCGCGAAGAAACCCAUCGAAUUUGUCGAAUUACUACACUCCGAGUUUCAAUGCCGAGCCAUCGGUGCAAAUCCCUCAGCAAUACCCAUUCGUCAGCCAGCAGAGCCGGGACAGUAUCCCGGAUUCUACUCCGGAAUUUCCCGCUCACCUGAUAUCGAUGGAAUCUACCAAUGAAGAGGGACCAUCAGCGUCAUCAAGCCAGCAAUCGCGCAUUGAGCGACAACCGAUUCAAAGGCCAGCAGACACAACCAGCGAGUCAGGCACAUAUUCAUGCACUUAUCAUGGAUGCUCCGAGAGGUUCGAGACGCCUGCCAAGCUACAGAAGCACAAACGCGAGGGCCAUCGACAAGUUUCACCCCAGUCUGCCGCUACCGCUUCUGCGAACUUGGCGCUGCGGAACUCACAGGCCGGUCCACAUCGAUGUGAUCGCAUCAAUCCAUCAACAGGCAAGCCCUGUAACUCAAUAUUCUCUAGACCCUAUGAUUUGACACGACACGAAGAUACGAUCCACAAUGGUCGCAAGAUCAAGGUGCGAUGUCAUCUGUGCGUUGAGGAGAAGACUUCUCCCGAAAUGACGCUUUGA